CAUCUGCGGAUCUAAAUGUAUACAUGUUUUAUGGCUUAUCAAGCAAUUAGCUAUGCAAUAAAUUUACGCAACAAAAACACGAAAAAACUAUUACAUAUUUGACUAUUUGAACAGAAAAAAGAUGUCAGAUAAAGAGAAAGAUGAAGAGAAACCUAUAGUAGCAAAAACAGCUGUAGAUCUGCAAAGAUUAAAAUUAAUGAAAUUAAUGAAAAACAUAGAUAAGCCAGUUAUAUUGCCAGAACGUCCAAAAGCCAAGAAUACACCCUCUGUACCAGAAUUUGUUCGCAAUGUUAUGGGUAGCAGUGCUGGAGCAGGCAGUGGAGAGUUUCACGUGUAUAGACAUUUACGACGAAAAGAAUAUGCGCGGCAAAAGUUUAUUCAAGAAAAAGCGCAUAAGGAACAUUUGGAUGAUGAAUAUCAUCAAAAGCUUGAAGAAAAUAAAAGAUUGGCAGAAGAAGCAACGGCGAAAAAACGUGCUAAAAGAUUGAAAAAGAAACAGGGGCGUAAGCAGAGAAAACAAAUAAAAAUUACAAAGGAAGAUAAUGCUAUCACGGAUGAAAAAAGCAGCAAAGAGGACAGUUCAGAUGAGAAUGAAGAAACUGAAGUUACUGUAAAAAAUAAUGAAGCAAAUGAAGAAAAUAUUACGAGUUGUUCCAUAAAUAUAUCUAAAGAUGAAAGCGAAGUAAAAACAGCAACAGGAAAGAAACCGUCAUUAGAUACAGAAGAAAAUGAAGAACAUAUAUUAAAAGUAUCUUUUGAAGAGAAAACGAAUAAAAAAAUUCAAUGUAAAGAUGACACAUGACAAAAUACAUUAUUUUUGUUGUAUUUCUCUUGUUAGAUUAAAAUAUAUAUGUAUAAUCAAAAUUUAGCAAUCAAA